AUGGCGGCCAUUCUCCUGACGUCAAGACCCAAGGUGCCAGUGUCUUUUGAGGACGUGUCCGUGUACUUCACAAAGACAGAAUGGAAGCUUCUGGACCUCAGACAAAGGAUCCUCUACAAGCGGGUGAUGCUGGAGAACUAUGGCCAUCUGGUGUCACUAGGAUUUUCCUUCUCCAAGCCUCACCUGAUCUCCCAGCUGGAGCGAGGGGAGGGGCCCUGGGUAGCAGGCAUCCGCAGAACAGGGGCCGCUGCAGGACUGCAGGAAGGUCACUGGAUAAAGAGCAAGACGUCGAUUUCAAUGCAAAAACAUUCUCAAGGAGAACUCCCAGGCGCUGAUCUUCAGGGUGCCAAGGGGAGUCAGGUAGCAAGGUCACCUCUGCCGCAGGGCCAUCCCGCAGGAGCCUCAGUGCCACGAAGUGUCCAGGGCGGCGGGCAGAGUUCGCUUGGCCAGCAGCAGUGCCCCAACGGUGCCGAGAAGCGGUACCUGUGUCAGCAGUGCGGGAAGUCCUUCAGCCGCAGCUCCAACCUCAUCAAGCACGGGGUCAUCCACAGCGGCGAGAAGCCCUACGCCUGCCCGGACUGCGGGAAGCUGUUCCGGCGCAGUUUCGCGCUACUAGAGCACGCGCGCAUCCACAGCGGCGAGCGGCCCUACGCGUGCCCGGAGUGUGGCAAGGCCUUCAGCCGCAGCUCCAACCUCAUCGAGCACCAGCGCACUCACAGCGGCAACAAGCCCUACGCCUGCAGCCAGUGCGGCAAGGCCUUCAAGGGCGUCUCGCAGCUCAUCCACCACCAGCACAGCCAUAGCGGCGAGAAGCCCUUCGAGUGCCAAGAGUGCGGCAAGGCCUUCCGAGGCCGCUCGGGGCUCAGCCAGCACCGGCGCGUGCACAGCGGCGAGAAGCCCUAUGAGUGCAGUGACUGUGGCAAGGCCUUUGGCCGCCGGGCCAACCUGUUCAAGCACCAGGCAGUACACAGCGGGCGGAAGCUGGUGGGCGCCAGGACUGCCAGCCGGCCUGGGAGCCCUGGCGGGAGCACCGCAGACGGAGGCCCUCCGCGGACGGGCAGCGCCGCCCGGCCUGGUGCGAGUCGCCGCUGA